GUGCUGAUUACGCAUUCAUCGAGGGCCAUCUUUCACACCAAGAGUCUUAAUAUCCGAACUUGAGUCUUUUCAUUUUAACAGAAACCUUGUAAUCUCUCAAGCUUUGUGAAGGCCAAUUAUGUGUUCCUGCACCGUACGAUGCUUGAAGUACUUCGUUGUAUUCUUCAACUUUGUCUUCUUUCUGGUGGGACUGCUGUUGAUAGGAGUUGGUUCAUGGGCUGAACACAAGUAUGGCGAUUUGGCUGAGAUUACYACAGUCAACUAUGUGUCAGCAUCAAGACUUGUCAUCGCUAUUGGUAUCUUCAUUGUCAUUAUUGCKCUCUGCGGUUUCCUUGGUGCUGUCAUGCUCAACAAAUGUCUUCUUGUUUUUUUCUUUGUAAUCCUAUGGCUUUUGCUCAUCUUGGAGGUGACCGGGGCGGUCUUGGGCUAUGUCUACGCUGAAAAGGUCAAAGAAGAAAUAAUGGCAGACAUGCAUGAYGUUGUUUUUAACAAAUAUGGACAAACAGAUCAUGAGGGAAAAACUAAAGCUGUAGACUUACUGCAAGAACAGGAAAAGUGUUGCGGUGUUGCAAACUACACCAACUGGUUUCGCUCUAAGUACAGCAACAAAAUUCCCACCAAGGUACCGGAUUCUUGCUGCAAAGUGAAAACAGUUAACUGYGGAAAUCCUUUGAAGCAAGAGUCUGACGUCUACCCUAAGGGCUGCUUCGAGAAGYUGGCAGACAUUGUGUACGAUAAUCUCUUCAUAAUCGGAUGUGUCUGCAUAGCUAUGAUCAUCGUACAGUUGCUUGGGAUGAUCUGUUCUAUUAUUCUUAUUCGUAAAAUCAAACAAGUCAAAAUGAUUAGUUAAAACUACCUAUGUGAAGUAAUUUACUGUUAGUCUAGCAAUCGCAACUGUUAUUACACUCGUACACACGCCACAUUCUCUAUCCGUAGCUAUGAAAACUUUGUAAUCUCAGGUCACGUGAUUGGCUUACAUUAUAAGCAAAAACUGAUAUCAAACUGCUUUUAUCAAGUCCCCAAGCAGUAAAGCCUGAUYUCACAAGUGGAGUAAGCUGAGUUUGUGAAGGACUGGUUAUGAAGUAGAAAUGAAGUUCUUGUUUGGUAUCGCAGCUCAUAAUGAAAGCCUUCAUUGGUCUUCAUUGUGAUUGGCUGGUCAGAACAAUAGACUCCAUUGUUUAUUAUUCAUUGUUCUCACUCUUGGCUGAGCCAAUCAAUUAUCAGAGAUGUUCUUUGUAACUGCAGCCUUCGCUCCUUCGCCGGCUCCUUCUCCAUUGGCAGGUCGGUCAGAACUUCAUGUAAAACUAACCCCGUGAAUUGGCACUUACUAAUAUAUUACUGUAUUAGGGUUAGUUUUAGGUUAUAUAUAGUGUCGGGUCUUACAUGAAGUACUAACRUUAAUAUUCACUCGCGUAAGCGCAAACUCAUUUCACCAGUUUAUAAUUUCCUGUYUUUUGCUUCACAAGUGAAGGGCAUGCUUUAGCAUUUUCAGUCUGUUAUGAGGGUCUCAAUGGGGUGGUUAACCGUGAGCCGUGAAACGGCUGAAAAAUUAGCCGUGAGUCGUGAAAAUGAGAAAAAAAAUUAGCCGUGAGGCGUGAAGCAGACCCCCACCCCUCCCCCCUAUUGAGACUCUCUGUUAUGCUACAGAGAGUCAGCCUACUACAYGAAGCAGCCUCGAUCCCAGAUUCUUUUCUAUGCCUUGGGAUCGAGAGUAUAGGACUAUCCUUGUUCCCAACCCUUUAUCAACGAGGGGAUAAGGGAAAUGUUGAAGAGGUCGGWUAUUAUGUUCCCCCGAUGCCUACCCUACGAACAGAGGAUUUUCCCACCCACUUAUACGACUGAGAAAAGGAAAAAAAUGUUUUUCCUUUCGUAGAUAGUAGAAAAAUUCCUCUGCACGCAGGGUACCGAUCAGGCUAGUAACAAUGUCAAUAUACCUCGUUACUAGCCUGUACCGAUGCUGGACAUCUGUGACAGAGGGACUUGUUUACGAGUAAGACCCAGAGAGUAAUAAACGAGCUGUGAAUGAGAGAUCAAACUAGACUGACAGCGCAUAAAAAUGAAGUGAUGAAUUACAGAGAACACGGGCAGUCUAAUUUAAAAUUAAACWCCGCUAUAUUUUUGUCAA